AUGCUGUUCCAUGGUGCCGAAUCUCCUCACGACAUGUUUCGGCGCAAGGCAUCUAUAGUUGGAUGGUCUGGUUUCAUGCGGACUACCGGCAGCCUGGAGAUGUCCAUGGCCGACUUUCUAGAUGCGCAUGUCAGCCACAAAUCGGAACGUGAUGGUCAACUUGUACCUCUAUUCUUUACCCUAAGGAGCACGUGUCGGGUCCGGACAUUGUCUUUGUUGUUCAGUUCAGCGGCUUGGCACCGGAUGACGCCCUGGGUAGCAGCUCGACACUCUCCCCCCUGGUUCUGCAUCUUCCGACAUUGUCUGCCCCGUGUUUGUGCCAAGCUUUGUAAGAAGCUCUACGAGGGUGACGUGAUCGACGCCCGCGGGACGGUGCAGACAAAAAAGAUCAGGUGCCAAGGAGUCAAGCUCAGUCAGCUCUGCCUGCCUCAUGGACACUACAUCAGCCUCGUCGUGAGCUACCCCGCCGAGAUUGCCAGCUAUUUCAUGAACAUAUCCCUCAAGAAGCACAGCGGUGGCCUUAUAGAGAUUACCCUGACAAUCGACGACAGCAUCUUUGACCUCUUCUCGGCAGAUGAUGUCCAGGCACUCAAGGAUAUGAAGCGACUAGCUGCGGAAACGACAGACACUUGCCAUGGAAGUCAAGCGCCGUAG